CGGGGAGGAGCCGCCAUUACUGUGCUCUGAGGGAAGCUGGAGGAAGGCGCAGUGUAUAUCCGCAGUGUUACCGCCGGCUGUGACCCCCAUCUCCGCCGUUCAGUCUCUCCAGUCCCGGCUGUCACAGUAGGAGCAUGGCGUGCGGGGCGACGUUAAAGCGCUCGAUGGAGUUCGAGGCCCUGCUCAGCCCGCAGUCUCCCAAGCGCCGGCGGUGCGUCCCUCUCCCGGGCUCCCCGACCACCCCGGGCGGCCAGCGGUGCGGACACCGGCCGGAGAACCAGCAGACCCCGCCGGCCGCAAUGACCCAGAUGGGGACAGACCACAGGCUCACCCCAGAACAAAUCUUUCAAAAUUUAAGGCAAGAAUAUACACGCUAUCAUAGGCGGAGGCAGUUAGUAGGAGCUUUCAAUCAUGUUGAAGCUGGGCCUUCAAGUGAGGUGCAAACAAGCUGUUCGACUCUCACAGCUCCAGCCUCUCCAGGUUCACUGGGAAAGAAGGACCAGCCAACCUUCAGCCUGCGACAAGUUGGAAUCCUCUGUGAACGCCUUCUAAAGGACCAUGAGGACAAAAUAAGGGAAGAAUAUGAGCAGAUUCUUAACACAAAGCUAGAAGAACAAUAUGAAUCCUUUGUGAAAUUCACACAUGACCAAAUAAUGCGACGGUAUGGAGCAAGGCCUGCAAGCUAUGUAUCCUGAAGAUUCCUUUUGCUGGGUUGCCAUUUGUGACUUCAUAUUGCCACCUGCGUGUUGCCACUGUUUUAUUUUUAACUUUAUUUUUUUUUGCCAUCCAGAGAAUUUUAAUGGCGACCCUUCUAUUCUGUUUAAAAAAAAAAAAAAAAACACUCAAAAGAAGACUUAAAUAAAACUUCCAACUGCCUACAUGGACUUUUUUUUGGGGGGCGGGGUUUCCGCAGCCUUUUAAAUUACUUCAUCUGGCCACAUACUGCCCUUAAUAGCAUUGAAAACAUGGACAAUUUACUUUUGAGUGAUAAUUCUCAUUUAUUUUGUCUUUGUGAAAUGUUUAUUUUGCAGAUACUUUUGACUGUGUUUUGAUGCACUACAUUAUGAUUAAAUCAUAUUUGGGUCAGGUAUACCAUAUUAAACACACAUUAAGGAUGAUGCAGGUUAUUAAAGGGACAUUCCAUUGUCCAGGUACCAAAAGAGAAUAAUAAAAAAAAAAAAAAAAUUAUAUAUACAUCCAGUUAAAUGUGCAUUCCUUUUUAUUAUGCCUUUUUCUCAUUGGGGUGAAUCUAAAAACCACUUGCAAAAGACUCCGAUCUCAUGUUUUCAGCCUUUGCAAGCCUUCUAACCCAACUCAGACUUUCUGUGGCUGUCCAAUCACUGAUUUGCCAAUACAGCUCAAUGAGAAGUCUUUGAACGGCAGGUACUCUGGGCAUUUACAUGCCUCUUGAGUUUAGCUCCACUGAGCUUAACAACCAGGAGGUAACAGGACCUGUUGCCCGAUUGACAGCCAGUAGGAUAUCAAAGGUUAAUUUACAAAAUUGCCAAUUUCUAUUGAAAUCUGCAUUUUGUAAAAUGAAGACACUCUCUCUGCACAUAAAGCAUUCCAGCAAGUUAUAACGUGCUUUGUGUUUGGAGUGAACCUUUUAAUUGAGUAUAGUAGUGAUGUAAUUUUAUUGCUGUACACGUAAACAUACCUACUUGCUCUCAAAUCUGUGUAAAACUGUAUAAACCUCUUUGUUAUAGAAACAGAUUCAUACAAAAGCAUGUCCUUUAAAACCUA